AUGUCCGAGACAUCCAGCACAACGCCCACAGUUACUCCGGGCCCGGACCACAAGAACUGCGCGCUGUUUGACCUCACAAUGUGGAUCUUUGGCAAAGCAAAGCGCACCACCGAUAAGAUCAUGACGGAGGCCACCGCAGCUCUACCGCUCGCAAAGAAAAAGCUCGAGAUGGCAGAGCGUAUCCUGCCUGCCGACCACCCCCAGCGCAAGAAACACAUCGACGCCGUCGCCAAUAUCGAGAAGCAGUUGUCCAUCGGCGCCGAGUUGGUCAGCGCUACCGCAGCGGAGCGCAUAUCCUACUGCGACAACAUGCCCGAGUACGCGACCGGUCUGUUCGCGCAGUACAACUGCGACCACGUGAUUCACUUCCUUGCGCUACUGAACAGCGCGUUUGAGAGGAUGAGGGAGGCGAAUCCCGGUAUGAGUGCAGAUGGACAGUUCAAGAACUUGAAGGCGAUUCAGGCGCAUUAUGAGGAGAUGCCCACGGAUGUGUUGACACCGAGGACGGUUUGUGAGUAG